UUCCUAAAAGGCGUCUCAGAGCUCGGAAAAAUCAAGGACGAAAGCACGACAUCUAACGGUCUCAACGCCGUCCCGAAAACCAAAGGAAAGAGGUCACCAAACGAUUCCGGAAGUGACGAGAAACUAAUGGCGUCCGUCGACUUAAAGAGCCGCCAGAGGUCGCCACGAAAGACCGAGUCACCUGUCAAGCAGCUUCUGAAACAGCCGCUAGGCACUGACGAGUUUAGCGUUAGGUUGCCGAGCGACAAGAAGACGUGCUCAAUUACCGGCUCGGCUUUCCUACCAGACGACAAAUUAGUUGUCGCAGACGCCACAAACAAGAAAAUAAAAUUAUUCAGUGCGGACUUGAAAUCGAUCGCACACUUAGAGACGCAGACCGCUCCGCGUGACGUCACGACCAUGUCCAACACAGAGAUCGCUUGUACGUUGCCUAAUGACAGGACUGUUCAGGUGAUUCAUGUCGGCAAAACGAUGACAGUGAGCAAGUCAUUCAAGCUUGACGUCGAGUGCUACGGCAUAUGUUACCAUGACAACGCGUUUUACAUCACCAGCGGCUGGAGCACUGACAAGGAGGUCCAGAUCAUGGACACCGAGGGGGUAGUUCAACAAAAAUUGCGCCCGGAAAAGGGAAUCUUGCGAUGUCCCCUAUACGUGACGGUUGAUGGAAAACUGGAUCAUAUCUACGUCUCUGAUUACGAGACGGGGAUUGUAGGAAUGGAUAUGUUGGGCAACGUUACCUUCAAGUUUAGCGACACGGAAACGAAAGGCUUCAUGGGAAUCUGCUCGUCCCCCCAAGGAGAAGUGUUCAUCUGUACGCUCCAGCCCAACGGAAUCUCCCGAGUGCAGACGGAGACAAACAGGGUCUACGGAUCCAUAACAACGCUCAACGAGCCGGAACUCGAACCCGUGAUCUCAUUGCCAACGUUCAACAAGGGCGGUCAGCGGCCAAGGUCGAUCGCGUUCAGCCGGAAAUCGCAGAAGAUCCUCGUGUCCUAUGUGGGCCAAAGCGUUGAUAUGAUGAACAUCUAUCAUUUCUAAUGUCGUACGUGGGGCAAAGCGUUGAUAUGAUGAAUAUCUAUCAUUUCUAAUGUCGUACGUGGGGCAAAGCGUUGAUAUGAUGAAUAUCUAUCAUUUCUAAUGU